AUGCCCCCGCUACGGUACCUCUGCUUACGUGAUAUUGACCCGCGCUUGUCAGGCGUGAUAUUGACCCGGGCGCCUGUCAAGAUCGACCUUGCUUUUCAGGUACAAUAUGAGGCACCUCAAGAUUUACCUUGUGCUGCAUCCGUGCACGGUGCACCUCGUCGGACGUCUGACCUUAGCUUGAACAGCAAAAAAGUUCAAUUCCCAUCUGGAGAUUCUCGACUGAGGUGUCAAGGAGCAGACCCCGUACACCCAGCGCUUUUCACGAUGACAGCUUCCAGCAGAGGCGCAUUCGCCGCCCUCGGGCGCAUACAAUCAACCCCCAGAGUCUGCAGACAAUGCGCGAGGGUCCAGAUUAGAGCUCCAGCUCCCUCGCGAGCGUACUCGGGUGCCGCUGCCGCCGCAACGACCACGACCACGACCAACGCUCCCCCUCCUCCUCCCCCUUCGUCAAAAGUCAGCAAGCCAACCGAACCCAAGGCGGCUGCGGCGGACAUCACGAUCCCGCCACCCUUGAUCCGCGCAGGCGUGAUCCUCACGCGGGCGCCGCUCCUGACGCGGCCCUUGACGGACUUUGAGCAGUCCUACUUCUUCUACCAGAAGCGCCUCAACGAGCGCCUGACGAUGCCCUUCAUCACGUCCGUCUACUUCAAGCCCGACACGCCGGCGCUGAUUGACUGGAACAUGAAGGUCAAGGACCGCAAGGGCACCGUGGCCAAGGAGCUGGGCGUGUACAACGGCAAGGCGUCGACGGCGUGGGACGACGAGCUGGCCGUCGGCGACGGGCUGAGCAAGCACGACAAGGCGGUGGAGCUGCUGCUCCAGGACGCCGUGAUGCGCGUGAGCGACGACGCGGAGAUUAUCCCCGAGGAGGACCGGGCGCCGCCCGAGGCGUUGGCGCCGCGGGUGUCGGAGGCGGAUAUCAAGGGGGACCGGACGAGGUUGGAUCGCGCCAUGGAUAGGACGCUGUAUCUUGUCGUCAGGAAGGCCGGUCGCAAGAAGGAUGUCUGGGAGUUUCCUGCGGCGGGAUUGUCUACGGAGGAGAACCUUCACGAGGCCGCGCAGAGAAUCCUCGACGACACGGCGGGCGUCAACAUGAACACGUGGAUGGUCGGCCGCGGCCCGGCCGCGGUGCACGUGGCCAAGACGCAGGUCAGGCGCGGCGAGCUCUUUGAGCGCGGCAGCAAGACCUUCUUCCUCAAGGGCCGCAUCAUGGCGGGACAGGCGGACCUGACGGCCAACAAGUUUGGGUACAAGGAGUUCAAGUGGCUGACCAAGGAGGAGCUCGCCGAGGUGCUGGAGCGGGGUUACUACAACAAUGUGCGGGGCAUGAUGGUGGACCGGUAG